AUGCCGAUUUCCCAGUCCAAUAUAAUCUGCCUCAGCUCGGAAAGCUUCACCGCGGUGUUCGCCAGCAUUCUCGACGCAUACCGGCCGAUCCUGGAAAAGAACGACCCGCUCUUCAUAGGAGACGGAGAUCCUCUGGGCAUCAUUGACCUACGCCGUGGAAGGGUGCACGGGCUGAACGGGACCUACUUCAGGGACGCUUUGACGGCAAGAUGCAACAAGUCGCACAUGGACCUGUUCUUCCCCCUCAGAGUGGAGAAACCUCGCAUCAUCUAUGACGUAAGGCAGGCGAUGCGCGAGCUGCCGCUCAGGGGUGAGCUCCACAUCGACAUGGACCUAAUUGAUUUCGACAUUGGGCUUCUGGCCGCGAAGAAGAAGGGACAGAGUCGGCCCCUGGUGACGCAUCUCGACAUUCACAGACUGGACGGCUUCGGCAUCACAUUCCACCGUAUGGGCCUGCUCGGCGCGAUUCUCAACUUGGCCAUCGAGACGGCUCACAGUGUUUAUGGCCAGCCUCUCGAAGAUUUCUUCGAGAUUUUGCUAUGGAGGGCGUUGCAGAGAUACGCUGAUAACAAUCCACUCCCCAUAUAAUGUGCACGUUAUCUUUCCACCUGUUUAUUCGAUUGUCCGGCAUGCAGUAUCCAGCUAGAAUCUGCGGUUGUUAAGCUUCCUGUAUUGUCUUCGAUUUUGUUCACCGCAUAACUUCCAACGGUCAGGACAACCCUAAAUAAAGGCACCGUAACAAAGUCGUAAAAAUCCUUACCAAAGAGCCAACCGCGUAUCAUUGGCCCACGUCGUCAUAUAUGACAUUCUCCUGUGGACGUGCUUUAAAAACUUGCAAUAUGUUCGCGCGUUCUGGCAUCGCAACGUACUGGGUUGGUAAGAGCAGGUUUAACACAAUGCCUAAGGGAGCGCACGCAAGCAUAUAAAAAUAAGGAUUUUCCUAUAUUUUCAUGGCAGCAGACGCAUUCACUUGUAUUUCCAAGUAGAAACGAGAUAGCCAGAAAGUGAAAAUUUAGGGGCGAUUGGCACGACUUUUUGUAGACAUGUAGUGUGCUACCACGCGCCCCGAAGCAAAUUGUAAAACAGAACUUAGAGCUAGCACAAAUGAAGCUGUUGCCGGAGCACUCCACUUUACCGUAGAGUAUCGCGCGCAGUAUACUACAAGGACACUGAGUACCGUGAGCCAAGUUGAGUAGAUGAAAGUUUGGUUGGAAAAGACAGCCUGUAGGAAAAAGACCGGAAGAUGAGCGAAUGGGUGUCAGGACGCACUGGCUUUUACAGUGAAUGCUGCAAGCAGGUAGUUGCAUUUUUCACAAGAAAUGCGGCACCGCGGAGGAUACGAAUGAGGGCAUGAUAGUGGCCAAAUAGAGCACGU